GGCAACCAGUUUUGCUAGUAAUAUUAUUUUCAUAAAUGUGUAUUUUCAAAAGAAAGGAAUGUAUUACAAAAACCAAAAUGUCUGCGUUAAUUGCCAUAUCAAGCCUAUUAAAGGAUAAUUUAUUAAAACAGUGUUAUAAAUAAUGCAAGUAUGUAUAUGUGGACCCUGUGAUAUGUUGCGCACUUUGUUGACAAAAUACUGGUGUAUGAAACUAAAUUAAAAAUCAAAAUUAUUUUCUAUUUAUACAAAAACAGUUAAGUUACAGAAGCCAAUUGCCAUGUAAUUAUUGUCUAUAGUUGGGUUUAUUUAUCCUAUAAGCUUUUAUUUACUUAAUCUUUGACUCUCUUCAAAACGUAAAGGGUUUAAACUCCCUACCACUAGAUGGCAGUCAAUGCUUUUCAAUACGAAACUUUAAAGGGACUAAAUGUGAAACAGAAACUUCUGGGUUUCUACUGCUGCUUUAUUUUUAAUCAUUCAAACUAGUUCGAUCGUUUUGAUCGUUUGUAAAGCACACAUUUAUCUUCGUUAUUGUGUCUGUUCCUAAAUGUCUGAGGACUAUAAAGUUAACACGGAUGAAGAUACACAAGAUCACCCGUGCAGCUCGGGAUGGCAGCUGCAGUACUUGAGAGGAGAUUUGUUCACCUGUUCUGUCACAGACGCCCUGGCACACUGUAUCAGUGCAGACUGCCGUAUGGGAAGAGGUAUAGCUGUGCUUUUCAAGAGGAAAUUCCGUGGAGUUGAAGAGAUUCUAGCUCAGCGUAAGCGUCCAGGACAGUGUGCUGUUCUUAAAAGAUCUGGUCGGUUUGUGUAUUACCUGAUUACAAAGCAAAAGUACAACCAGAAGCCCACAUAUGACACUCUCAAAAAUAGCCUUGUGUCUAUGAGAGAACACUGCUUGGCCAACGGUGUUAACAAAAUAUCCAUGCCUCGGAUUGGCUGUGGACUCGAUAAACUGGAAUGGGAAAAUGUUUCUUCCAUUAUUACUGAAGUCUUCCAGAACACAGAUGUCUGCAUCACUGUCUAUUCAAUAGACCAAAGCAAGUCUAAAACUCAUGUUCUUAAAAAAUGAUUCCCGUGGAAUUUCACAAUAUCCCUCUAGUUUUCACUAUUUUAUUUGUUCCUUUGUUAUUUUGGGGGAGAACGUUUGUAGGUAUCUAAUAAUAUACACUAAGAUAUAAUAGGUUUUGGGUUCUGUUGUUUUUACCUGUUCAUCCUGUUGGGUAUCUGAUGUGUUUGUAUGUUCUGUUCACCACCAGAGGGCAUGUGUAUUUGUUUUGAAUGGAGAUAUUUAAUACUGUUCUGCUUUCAUAUUUUUUUCACUAAAAACCGUUUUGUCAGAUGUAAAGAACACAGAAGCAUUUCCUCAGUUGAAUAUAUAUCAUUGAUAAAUGUCAUCAGGCUGUU